AUGAAUAAGUCACUUAAUGAAGAUAAUUGUCAAACUAUUUAAUUUGCAAGCUGUUAAUUGUCUGAUUAAAAAAAUGAGUCAUUUGAAAAUAAGGAUCACGAACUUUAUAUUCAAUCAAGCAAUAAUAAUAGAGAAACAGAAUAGGAAACUAAUUAAAUAACAAUUUAAGAAUUUCGAGAAGAAAAUAACUCUAUACAACAAGAAGUACAUUUACAAUCUAAAGAAAAUUAUGAAUCUAUCUAAGAAAUUUAAUCUUAACAAAAAGAAUAAGAUAACGAUAAUAUAGAAAAUGAAAAAAAUUACAAAGAUUUAACUGACUUUUAUUUGAUCAAUAAUAUAGAUGAUUUAGAUAAAUUAAGCAAAAAUAUUGAAGAUUGUGUGCAUUCCUUAAAAGAGAGUUUAUUUUUUCAUCAUAAAAUAAUAUUUAAAAGCAAAUAAUUUAUUUUUUUGCAAGGAUGUUUAGGAGAGAAAGACAACCAAAUUUAUAUAUAAAUGACUAUAAUGGAGUAUCCUGAAAAUUUAGUUUUAAUUUUAGGUAUUAAACUUAUUUAAUAAAGAUUAAUCAUUUACUAUGAACAAUAUAUGCUUAUAAUAUAAUAAAGAAUUGAAAAUAGGAUCUAUUUUUUAUUGUAGCGAAACACACUAGGUUAUUUAUGAGAUUAAAAAUCUUAAGAGAGAAUAAGCAAAUAAGAUUUUUAUUUAGCAUAUACUGAACAGCGCAGAAUAAAAUUUCAAUCGAAUCUUUUUAUAAAUAUAAAAAUUAGGAUUUAAAAUUUAAUGUGCUGAUAUUUCUACAAUGUUAAAUUUCUAUGCAAAUACAAAAAAAUCUGAAAAAACUUCAAAGAAUUAAAAGAAUUCAUAUUUUUUAAAAAUCAGUUAUACGACAGGUGAAUUAAUGGAUUAAUCAUUUGAUCAAAAUUUUCUUGAUGCUCAAUAAUAAAACGAUAAUGCACCAACUUAAAGAUCUCAUGAGGAAAAAUCAAAACUUUAAAUAAUUCCUUUAGGAUAUUUUAUUCUCGAUCAUCUUUCUAGUUUAAAUGAUAAAGAUUUAAUAGAUGUUGGUGGAUUCCAUAAAAUUUAUGAAAUAUCUAUACCAAUAGAGGAAAGGAAAACAUUGAAUUUGGCUUAUAAAACUGGAUCAAAUGAUAAAUUAGAAAAAGAAAUAUAGUUUCUAAAUUUAUUACUGUCAAAAAGUUAUUCAAAAUACAUUGUGCAAAUAUACAUAUAUUAAUAAUUUAAAAAUAAUUAUUAUUUUAUGGAAAAUUGUCAUUUCAAAAGUUUAAGAAAUUAUCAAAAAAAAUAUUAGCAGGUUAUGUCUUUAAACUCAAAAAUGAAAAUUUUAAGGUAAAUUGCAAAGGGCCUUUGUCAUCUACAUAAACGUUCAGUUUUUCAUUUAGACAUUAAACCAGAUAAUAUUUUAGUAUAUAUUAAUAUUAUUUAUUAUUAGAUAGAUAUAAAUGGAAAUGUUAAAAUCUGCGAUUUUGGAGAAGCUUAUCAUCCUAGUUAUUAAUAUUAAAGAGAUUCCAUCAAAUAUUCAGUACCUUAUAGCGCUCCAGAAAUUUUAUCACAUCAAUAUUAAAACUUGUCAGCAAAAACUGAUAUUUUUUCUUUUGGUGUAUUAGCGUAUGAACUUUGUUUUGGAAAAAUACCACUUGUAUCAAAUUAUUUUUAUUUAAAAGUAUUUUUUGAAUAAGGAAGAGUACUUAAAAAAAUUCAAAAAUAACCCAUCAUAUGAUAUAGAAGAUGAGAAUUACGGUCUUUUAGAAGCUGGCCCAAGAACUGUAAUUUAUCAUUUAAUAGACUUAACAUAUUAAUGUAAUAAAUUAUUAGGAUUUUAGGUUUAAAGAAGAAGGCAAGAGAAAGGCCUUCUAUCUAAUCUAUAUAGAAUUAUUUAAAAUUCCUUAAAUUAAAAUAUAGUUAAAAAUUGGACGAACAAACCUUUGAUUGA